UUUAAUAGGAAGAGAAUGGAAGGUGACUAAUAUAUGGGAGUAGGAAUAACAAUAAUUUUAAUUCAAAUGUUUGAUGAUAUGGUGAUGAAAUUGGUCCACAUCUACUUUUUUUUUUUAACAAGUCAAGGAACCUUCCGUCGUCCGUCCUCGUGUGCGGGAUGCUGGCGGCGUGGAGGCUGGCCGCUGCGGUGGCUCUAUGUGCAGGUGUCAGCGCGGGGAGUCUCGUGUACGUGCUGGGCCCUGGGGGCGUGGUCGACCACGAGACGGACGUGUCGGCAAGGCUGGGGGGCACUCUGCCUCCAGCCGCCCCGCCGCUGCUCCACGAAUUCACUCUCUGCCUCUGGUUUCACGUCAUCACCUUCCACACGACAAACCCCAUCAUGAGCUACACUCUUGCUUCCGAUCCUUUUGUCACAUAUCUGGGUCUGACCACAGAACGAAUUUAUGCUGCAUAUCAAAGAAGGAGGUGGAGCAAGCGACGCGCCUUCCGCCCGUUACGUUGGUACACAGCGUGUUUGGUGGUGAGGCCGACAAUGCUGCAGCUGUGGAUUGAUGGCGAGCAAGCACUGCUGGAAGCCACCACACUCCCUCUCCCCUUAGAUGGACGUUUAGUACUGGGGCGAGGCCCUGUCCAAGAGGUGAACGAGGGUUUGGAUUUCUCUGGUCACGUGACGCUUCUCAGCGUCUGGGAUUACGCCUUCACUGCCCGGGAGCUGGAUGACUGGGGGAGGUGCCGCCCUCUGAACACCACGCCUCUCAUUGGAUGGGAUGACCUCGCGUUUACCAUUCACAACGGGACUGCCGGUGUCAUCAUCAGCACCGCCGGGCCGUGUGAUAAUGACUCAGAGAGACAUGACGAGGUAUUGCUCUUCACCUUCAUGAUGGAGUGGAAAGCUGCUGUAAAAUUUAUGAAAAGCAGUAGACUGUGGACUGACUCCCAUACAUUUUCCUUUCAUGAACAACACAAAAAACUCAUGACAAAAUACUCACAAGCCUGCAAAAGUAAAUUAACGAAAAGGGUAACGGCCUGGACAGGACUUCUUUACAACUGUUCCUCCGGCGAAAUUGAAAAUCUAAAUGGAUUCCGUGCCAACGCAACACCAAUUUGGAUUUCAAAUUAUACAGAAGAUCGUUUGGAGGAAGUUUGUAGGAGUCGCUCUCCUCCUCUUCCUAUUGCUGUAAGUGAUCAUGGACAUUGGUCGUUCCCAGUACCCGAAGAAAAGGUGUGUGUUUUUGCUGAACUACCCGACUAUGAUGUGACCUUUAAUUUUCGUAUGAAUUGUGAUGGCAGCAGAGGGUUGGUGUUUUCUUAUAUGCAUUUUAUCUUAGCACCAACCGCGCUCUCACAACACAGCGGCGGCGGUGUUUAUCUCCACGGCGUUCAUCCCUACGUUAUCGAGGACACUUACAACAAUGGAACCUGGUGCCUAAAGAGAAGAGCAUCACCGACACCAAUAUUUGUCGCCUGCACAUUCUCUUUCCAGAUACCUUUAGGGCAUCGUUCAUGGACGUCUGUUGGUGGACUAGAAACAGAACUUGCGGAUCCUUGUAUGGCAAUUCAUCAAGAGAUUCAUGCUUCUUACGCUACGCCCUUAUUACUUAGCACCUGUACACGUGAGGAAUUUACGUGCAAUAACACCCAAUGCAUCGCACUAGAUAAGGUGUGUGACAGAAAGCCUGACUGUCAGGAAGGCGAGGAUGAGCAGGAUUGUGUAAUAGUGUCACCGUCAUACGGCCGGUUCAUAAAAUCAACUCCAGCCUUCCCUCUCCCGAUGACUAUCAUAGUACUUGUCAAAAAAAUAUCAAACAUCGACCUAAUGAACUUUGCCAUGACCAUAACCCUCCACGUGAAGCUCAGCUGGACAGAUCCUCGACUGGAGUUCAGACAUCUGUUACCUGGCCAACGGAGGCUCUUUCCAGUAGAUGAGCUGUGGAUGCCGAAACUGUGGGUGCUGGACAGCCUGGAAGGAGGCACUGCGGCGCAAGACAACGUGAUGGUUCAGCGGAGCGGCGCACCCACGAUCGUGGAUGGCGCGUACCUGGCCUAUAAGGGAUCAGAGAACCCACUGUGGAAGGUUCAUGAUAUGCAUGUGAAGAUCUUCUGCAGCUACGACCUGCGCAAGUACCCGAGUGAUCGGCAAACUUGUAACGUCGUGCAAUAG